AGCUUAUCACCCGUGUUAUUAUUGACGUAGCGGACAGCGGUAGUAAAACAAUGUGAUCUAAUUCACGGCACGGUCAACUGUAGUUUGAUUUAUGAAUUUAAAUAUUAAAAAUAUGCAACCGAAUGUAAGUGAAAUAUUUCAAAGAUCCAGCAGCACUUAUUACAAUGUCGAUUAUCAGUACACAACAAUACAAAACAAAGAUGACUACAAUGGAGGGAAAAUGCAUGGUACACAGAGAGUUAUUAUAUUUUGUCUGUUGACAACAAUUAUACCAACAAUACUUAUUGUGUCACCAUUAUAUCUUAGAAAUAUAAAAUAUGCCGAUGUCAUGUACCAGAUAUCUGAUUCAGAUGUGAUACAAAUUCACAAAGGUCAAUCGUCAAUAUUCUGUGAAAAACAUUCCUUAAAAAUGAACAGUAGUUUUAAUGCAUUCCAAAUGAAAGGAAGACCUAAACUAACAAAAAAACGGAGACAUAUAACAUUAAGGAAAUCAAUGACUUUACCCGAUGAUACUUUGGAAUAUUGGGGAUUUUAUCUUUUUGCUGGUGCAACCGUUGAAUUAAAGGCUUGUUCGAGAUAUGAGGGUUCAAAAAUAUUGGUUGUUAAAGGUGAGAAAAUAUUCAACACUUGCGGCAUCCUGGAUGGUAAUAAAUAUAAGAAAGAUCCCGUUCUAGUUGAAAAUAAGCAUGUGUCCGUAACAUUAGAAAAACCCAAAGAAAAGAAAAGGGAUGUUGUAAGUAGGGAAUAUAUUGAGGAACAUAAUAUACCUCCUUCUGACAUCAAGUUAAAGAGUAAAAGAGAUGUAAAUAGCCCACCUCUGCACAAUCCGAACACAGUGUUGGACGCCGGUGUGAAUCAUGGCGGCAAUGCAAUGAACGCCACAGCAAAUAUAUUAGAAGAUACAUCUGUAUCUAGCUUUGAAAAUAAUCUAUAUGAAUGUUAUAACGAAAAUAUUCUCAUGAAUGAUUAUUUUCCAUAUUCCAUGCAAUGCAAUAAUACGAAAUAUUUAGAAGACAUCACCACACUUAAGGUGGUACAUAAAGUGACCUCAGACGGUUACUAUUAUUAUAUAUUUUACAGUGACAAUGAUUUUGUAAAUAAUGAUAUUCAUGCAAUUUUUGACAUUUACAAACCAACAUUCCAGUAUUCAAAUAUAUCAGAUUCUAAGAUAUGUUUAAACAAAACAGAAUGUCAGUUCAACGUGGAUAUGUUUAGUGAUGAAUUAGUUAUCGUCGAAGUUCCAACUAAAGAUGGCUUGAAUAACAACGACGAAGACACGUUCGUGCUGAUGUCCGUGUGUCAUCCGAGAAUGUCCGUGUACAUUAUAUUUCCAGUGUCCGUUCUCUUACUGAUACUGCUUUUUGCAUUUUUAUGAUAUUUAUUUUUAUUGACUCUUUAUGUUCUUUUUAUAAAAAUAAAUAUUACGAGGAGUGUGAUAUUAAUUUAUUGAAUAAUAUAGUUAAAUUUAUCAUAGACUGUGAUUUAUAUUUUGCUGGGCAAAUAUUUUAUUGUUAAAGCUUUGAGAAUUGAGAGGUAUAAAAUAAAUUAUAAUAGAUGUAUUCAUAGCAUUUGUUUUAAUUCGUUGUUUGUUAUUUUAAUAGCAUAUUUCGUAUAUAAUAAGUACCUACUUAUGUAAGAUAUAAUAAAUUAGUACAAGUUAA